AUGGGUUGCGGAGCUUCAUCAGCAGAAGAUACAACAAAGCAAGCCGAACAGCCAGCUCAAGAAAAGCCAAAGGCAGCAGAACCAAAGGAAGAUGGCAUUCCAAUUAAGAAAUCUAACGCUGAAGCCAAAGAGAAAAUUCUUACAUUAGGUGCCGGUGAGUGCGGUAAAACUACAUUAUGGAGACAACUCAAAAUCACAUAUUGCGGAGGAUUUACAGAUUCCGAGCGUAGAAAUCUUAUCAACGCAUUACGUACAGCAAUUGUCGGUGAUAUCCAGCUUCUUGUUAGCACAGCCGAAAAUAGCAACCAAAACUUCUUAACAGAAAUCCAAUCAGAUAUUGAUUGCAUCAAGAAUUUAGAUGUUGCUCAGCCAGAUGAUUUCACAACAGAAUCUGCCGAGUCAAUUGCUAAAGUUUGGGCAGAUCCAGCCAUCAAGAACGUUUACAAGGCAUCAAACUCUAUCGGUAUUGGUGAAAAUGCAGACUACUUCCUUGAUAAUGUUAAACGUAUAGCCGAUCCAAGUUAUACACCAACCAACGACGAUAUUCUUAAGGCCCGUAUUCGUACAGUCGGUAUCUCCAAUCUUACAUUCGAUGUUAAAGGAAUUCCAACAAAUCUGGUCGAUGUCGGUGGCCAAAGAAACGAACGUAAGAACUGGUCCAAGUGCUUCCAGAACGUUACAUACGUCAUGUUUGUCGUCUCCCUUUCAGAUUUCGAUCAGACAUUGUUCGAAGAUGAAUCUACAACAAGAACAGCAGAUUCUAUCGAGCUUUUCAAGAACAUUGCCUCGACACCAAUCUUCGAGUCAACUCCAUUCUUCCUCGUCUUGAACAAAUUUGAUCUUUUCCAGAAGAAGAUCAAGAAAUCCCCAGAAGCUUUCAACAGCGCUUACCCAGGAUUUACAGGAGAUAUUAAUAAUAAGGAUGAUUGCAUUAACCAUAUUAAGGAAACAUUUAUUAACCAUCUUCCUCCAAAUCGUUCCCCAGACGCUUGGAUCGAAGCUAUCCCAACUUGCGCUAUGGAUAGCCAAUCUGUUCGCAAUCUUUUCCAGAGAAUCGCUCAGAAGAUCGUCGAAAAGUACCCAUCAGCUUAA